ACUAUAAAUAGCUCUCCUCUUGAUCAAAGCUCUUCACUCACCAAAGCAUCACAUACACUUUUAUUUCUCUUCUCUUCUUUAUAUUUUUCCUCUUUUACUUUGUCAUUUCGAAAUGGCCACUGUUGAGAAUGAACAAGUGAUUGCUCCAGCAGCAGAGAACGUUGAGGUGCCAACAAAGACGGUGGAGGAGCCAGAAGUGACGGAACAGCCGGAAGAAGUCGUCGCCACGACAGAGUCUGCUCCUGCUCCAGCCGCCGUAACAGAAGAAGAAUCUGAAGCACCAGUGGUAGAAACGAGCAAAGAUGUGGUUGUGGAAGAGGCAGAGGAAAAAGAAGAAGAAGCAGAGAAAGAAACGGAGGAGCCAAAGGUAGAAGAGGAAGAAGAGAAGACAGAAACUCCAGCGGUUGUGGAGGAGCUAAAGGAAGAAGAGAAAGAGGAGGAGACUGAAACUCCAGCUGUUGUGGAGGAGGAGGAGAAGAAGACCGAAGCAGAGGAAGUCGUGGCUGCUGAGGAAGUCGCCGCCGAGAAGGCCGAAGAGUAAAGAGCAAGAAACAAUAUGUGACCUUCAUUGGUCUCGUUGUCCUUUUUAUUAAUUUAUAUUUUAUCAAAAUUUUAUAUGUAUUUCUAUCGUUUGUUUGGGUUUAUGAUGAUGUAAUCAGAUAUUUGGUCAUGUUGAAAUCAAAUAUAUGGGUAUUUUGAUGGUUUCUAC